UCUGAUAUCAUAACAAUACAUUCAUACAUAGCUGUACUAUAAACUACAAAAAGAAGUAUUGAACGUAACCGCACGAAAGAAAGUUCUAAUUAUUACGAUAAAUUUUUGGAAUUACUUUUCAGAGUAUCUACGAAAUGUAUUUUAAAUAUUCUGAAAUCAUUGGUUAAGUUAAUAGUUUUGUACCAAAUAAUUAAAGAUCUUCAGAAAAAUUUAUGUGGGGUAUUACUCAGUAUGCUUCUCUACCGACAUGGCCGUCUGUUGUUAUGCACGUUUGUAGCAAUACUAUUUGUAACAGCUAGCAUGAUGCUAAUUUCUUUUAACUAUACCAACAGUUAUCUAAUUAAAAAAUUUGAGUCCAUAUGUACGCUAAAUUCGUUUAUAAAAACAGCAGAACUCGUAGAAACUACUAUUAAAACGACAAGUUCAACUACCAUUAAAACUACAACUUCAGCUUCUCCAGAGAAUCAUAUUCAUUGUUAUCGAGAAAACGUAGAAUCUCUACCUGAUAUCUCAGACUUUAAUCCAAGACCAGGAAAAUCUAUAUUCUUCCAUGAAACAUCGUGCCACUCAUUUGACCACGGCAAAAUAGUCAUUAAUUCACGACAAGCCUGUGCUGUGGAAAGUGCAGCCAAGAUGAAUCCAGAUCUUGAUGUAUAUUUACUGUAUGCUUCGCCAGGGAUAUUUAGAUUUGAAGGAGAUGAAUCAGAUCAUUUUUUAAGAAGUUUAUUAAGUUAUAAAAAUGUUCAUAUUCUACAUUUGAAUUACGAAAACUACGUUAAAGGUUCGCCAGUGGAGACAUUGUGGACUUCCGGAAAGAUUGAGAAAUCUAAGUAUGUUGUGUCACAUGCAAGUGACGUAUUGAGGUAUCUAACACUGUGGAAAUAUGGUGGUAUUUAUUUGGAUUUGGAUGUGGUAGUGAUAAAAUCCUUACAGGAUCUACCGUUGAAUUAUGCAGGUCUACAGAGUCCGAACGAAGUAGCAGCAGGUGUUGUCAGCUUUGAAGCCGAUGGUUUUGGACAUAGUUUGGCUGAUAAUUGCGUGAAUAGAUUAAAAAAUAAAUUCAAUGGUCAAGUUUGGGGAAGUAAUGGACCAGUUAUAGUUUCUUCAGUAAUGAAGGAAAGCUGCAAUGUAACAAUAGCAUCCGAAAUGCUAACGAAAAAUUGUACUGGACUUACAAUGUAUCCAAUGGAGACAUUUUACCCCAUACCUUACUCGCUGUGGCGGAAAUAUUUUAGGGAAGAGGAUUUUAAUGAAGUUAUCAACAAAACAAAAAAUACUUACGUAUUGCAUACGUGGAACAAGCUCAGUGAAGGUGAAAGAAUACCUCUUAAUAAAAACCCGGCCUAUUUGCAUUUUGCUAAAUUGCGUUGUCCAAAGGUUGUUGAGGCUUGUAAGACACAUUUUUAAAUGAGUUAAAUGUUGGUGUGUGAAAUUUUCCUGAGAAUUUAUCUUAUACGAAUCUGGAUGAGACACGAUCUUGGUGAUCUAGUUUGUUAUUUAUAAUUUACUUAUUACUGUCUUGAUAAUGAUGAUAAACAUUUUAAUAUUA